AUGCUACUCGAAGUUGAUCGAGUAAUUCAUUGUCAGUGGUCGGUGAACUUCAACCUUGCAGUUGAGUCGUUCGAGAAGCACAUCCAAGGCGUCCGCCACCUCGUCGACUUUAGCCUGUCCGCCCAGAAGAAGGUUCCAAUUAUUUUCGUAUCAAGCGUGCUGUCCACGAUUGGCAAGACGGGUUCUGAGAGACAAAGCGACCUCGCAAGGCCGACUACCGGCUACGGACGCAGCAAACUUGUCGGGGAGUUGAUUCUCAAAGCCGCGGCAGACAAGUGUGGCAUGCCGGCGGCUGUCGUCCGCGUCGGCCAGAUCGCGGGUCAAGAAGUAACCACAUCUGGCAACAGCGUAUGGAAUCAGCAUGACUGGCUGCCGAGCAUCAUUGGUUCUUCGGUCAAGGCCCUUGGGCUUUUCCCCCGCGACUUGGGCGUCAUGAAUGGUAUCAGGUGGCUUCCUAUCGACCGCGUCGCCCGGUUAGUCUUGGACAUUGCCGGCAUCUCGGAGCCGGUUCCUGUGUCGCGGAUUACCGGAUGCUUUUACGGCAUCAACCCUCACAAAACGUUGUGGGGUGCAUUGGCACCCGAAGUCGCAGCCCUUUACGGCGAUCGAAUCAAAGCGCUCGUUGAUUGGGAACAGUGGCUCGAGGCCCUUGAGAAGAGUUCGACGGAUGACAUCGAAAGCAACCCAGCCUUCAAAUUACUUGACUUUUUGAAGCACUCAAUGGUUGAGGCUGGUGAUGUCGAAGACCAGUUGGCCACUCUUACUUCGGGUGACUUGGAAAGAACUAUGGAUUUGAGCAGGACUUUGAAGGAAACUCGGGCUAUAUCCACGGAGCUGAUGGUCAAGUGGUGUGGUGAAUGGGACUAUUGA